CAUUCAGUUUUCGGUUAGGCAAGGUCGUCUUUGAAGUCUGCAAAGUUAUCAGACGGGGCAACUGUGUCAAUAUUAGGUAAUUUACGAAUACCUAGGUAUUACCUACCUAAUAAUAAGGGCGCUCGGGAAUUGGGCCACGUUUUACCUACCUGCUUCGUACAUACAAUUUUUGUAUAUUUUAUUACCCGAAAAUUGGACCACAAAUGUAUAACGCAAACAUUUAAAUGUAUUCAAAUAUAUAUCUAAUAUAAAAUACAAUAUAAAAUUAGUCAAAUAAUUAUUAUUAUUUUUUUUAAAUUAUGUGAUACAGAUUGCUUUGCACAGUAUUCAAAAGUGUCGUCAACAUAAAUCAAUUAUAACCAACAUAAGAAAUUUAAAUUUUUAAUCGUGGAAAAAAUUAUUAUAUGGUUAAAAAUAGUUUAAAAUAAUGGUUUUCUUUUUGUCAAAUCUAAAAUGUAUUAAAAUAUAGUGGCCCAAUUACCGGAUUCGAUAAUACAAAUCGUUUAAAAUAGUGGCCUAAUCACCGGGUCUACCUGCAAUAAAUGUAAAAUUUUAGUGGUCCAAUCACCAUACACCUUCUUAAGAAAGGUUUACUGUUGCCCAAUUACCGGACGCCCAAUAAUAAUUAUCGAUCCAUUAAAUUGGAAGGUUAGGUUAGGUUUGGUUACGUAUUUCGUAAACUAUAACCAUUGAUUUAAGAAUAUACUAAAAUAUUCUAAAUAUAUUAAAUUAAUAUAUUCUAAAAUUAAUGCUAUUGACUACUAUUUUUCCUAAUUAAUUAAUUUUAGUGGUCUAAUGGGCUACACUAAGUUUUCGUUAAUUAGUAUAAUGAUGGAUUGAUAGUAGACUGUAGACUGUACACUUCACAUAAAAACUCGGGCCGUUGACAUCGUAUAAUCUAUCUGUUUCUUUAUUAUUAUCUUUUAUAUAUAUUAUUAAUAUUAGUUAAUUUUGUAUAGUUUUUAAUUAUUCAUAUGAAUACCACACGCCGACGUCGCUAAAGCGGAAAUGUUUUGAGUCGUUACGGAUACGUUAAUAGAUGAUGUUUUAAAGUUUGUAGAUGAAUCAUUAAUAGCUAAGAAUAAAUAAUUUAGGUUUAGGAGUGAACAAAAAGAAAUUAGGAAGAAGUGUACCAGGAGAAUCAGAAAACCUUCUACUGAAAUAGCUGUAGAGGAUCCAGAAGAGUACAGAAUGUGUAUAAGAAUGAAAUCAGAAAUAUUAAAAUAAACGCCAAAUGCAUAGAAUAACAAAAAGUAGGUAAAUACGAGGGCGACCGCAGGGGAAUAUCGGUGGGGGCUAUAUCCCCCGCUAUUUUAGUUAAUAUUAAAUAUUAAUAUUGUUUUAUUACUUGCAUAAUUAUGGCUUAAAUAUUUAAGCCAUAAUUGUAAGUUGUAAAAAAGUUUUAUACUUAGCCCCCAUUUUAUAUUUCUGCGGGCACCCUUGUACAGUUGUACGAGUAUGAUAGCACCAUAGAUAAUCUUAUAUAUUCUUAUAUAUAGGUAUUUAGAAGUCGCUAAAAAAUUGUAAUAUUAAUUUAAGGGAUCGUGACAGUAUAAACGUUGAGAAACACUGUUCUACGCUAUCCCAUAAUAAGUUUACCUUUACACAAUAAAAAUAGUAGAGUAUGAGUAGGAUACACUGCACUAUACUAUACUGAAUACUACUCUUUAGUACUUUACUCUGAGUGUUUACAUUCGUCUAGUAACAGUAAAGUGCUACUUUACCAAAUACUUGUCAAAUGUAAACGCGUGCCGAGUGAUUUACAGAGCUUCCAGCCCGAUAUUGUCGGUGAGAUUUACUAGAGUAGUAGCCAGUAGGUACCUGACUGCAGUGACGUAACCAGGAAUUUUAGUUGUGAUGCUAUGAUGACAGUGUAUCACGUUUCCAUUCAGUACGCGCAUCUCUUCGGCACUCGGGUUAUGCGCGGUCGUAUUCUCCACUAUAAUAUAUUAUCGACAGUGCGAAUGUUACCCCAAUAAGAAAUGGAGAAUACUGAAUAAUCAGGUAAAAUGAAAAAAUAUAUUUUGUAUUUCUCAAAUAUAGGUAUUGUACACACCCAUCUAUAAUGCCGCGUUUUAAAUGUGGCUGUGAAAAAUGAAUGCGAGCACUAUGAAGCCGCGAUAACAACUAUUAUUGGGUUUCUAAUAUUAUCAUAAAAUAUCUAAUUGGUUUUUUUUUAAAAGAUUGGGGAGUAGGUAACUCCUUGUCUCUCCCUGGUAAUAUCGUAACUACGACACUGCUAUGUAGUACGGACUACUGUCCAUACUAUUUUUAACGCGUUUCGAACAUUCCGGGGUUUUUUUUUUUAUUAAGGUAACUGAUGUUUACGCAGGUUCUGGUGCAAAACGCAAAACCGCUUAUUAACCAUAGAACUUGUACCAUAGAUGUCAGUAUAGGUAAGGUCAGUAAGGUCUAUGUCAUCAACUGCAAAAUUUCAGCGAUAUUCCAGUAACGACGGGUGUCGUGUCCACAGAUAUUAUGUAUAUUACGGUAACACCAUAAAAUCGACCGCGCGUUGUAUCCUUAGAUAAUAAAGAUAUGAGCAGCAUAGACAUAUAAAUAUUUAUAUGUCUAUGAUGGGCAGGCUAUCCAUAACUAAUCAGCGUUUCAAGAGUACAAUACAUACAAAACAUACAGUUUUAUAAAGAGAGGCGUCUUAACUAUAUAGUGAUGAAUGAUAACCAUGGACGUAAAUACUAAAAAGGGGAGGAGCUUAAGGGGGUUUAGCCCUCCCUGAGCCAUCCUAAGCCCUUCUCAAGAUAUUUUAACGCAUAGGUAAUCUUUAAUGAUAAUAUAUGAUUUGAUUGAUGAUGAUUUAAUGGCAUGAGUUAUAAAUAUAAUAAUAGUAAUAAUACAUAGGUAGGUAAACAUUCAUUGAAUGUUCGUUUUAACGUUCCGAUUAGCGAUGUGCAGAACUGCGGAACCGACUAGUUUUGAUUUUGAUUGUCAAUCGAUAGUUUAAAAAACCAACGGAGAGAUUUAUCGAUUGAAUUGAUAUUUGUAUUAAUUACCUAUAGGGGUAGCCUAUCGAUUUCUUUAUUAUCUAUGGUUUUCACCUGAACGAGAGAAAAGGUCACGAUACAGGUAUAUUUUUCAGACCGUUUUCGGUCUGUCGUUUGAACGACUAAUAAACAUGAUUAUAAAUAAUUAUAUACCUGUAUAUCUAUGGAUACAGAUAAAGAAUAUUAUUGUUACUUUGUGUGGAACUUACGUUGGUAAAAAUGAAUAGGUAUACUAAAAAGUACCCGUGUAUUAUUACUGAAAAACACGUAAUUUAUUAUAAUAAUAUAUAUAUAGAGGUAACCGUGACGGUCUGUGAUUACAGUUCGCGUGCCACUAUUAAUAUACACGCAGCUGCACUACUCAUAUCGUUUUAAAUUUACGUUUACCGCCAGCGAUAGUAUAUUUUUAUUUCCUCACCUUCCCCUAUUUUUCGAUUAAAACAUUGCGAAGAAAAUGAAAAAAAUUUUUUUAUAUAUAUCAUUAUGUAACGCAUAAACAGUUAUAAUAAUUAUUAUUAUAAUAUUAUAUUAUAUAGCCAUGUAUAGGUUAAUUAAUUAAUUGUCUAUUAAUUUGUACUGGGAAAAUAAAAAAAAAUAAUUAAAUGUGAUGGAAAAUAAUAGGUAGAAACGGAAAAUAAGGAAUGUAAGUGAGUAAUAAUUUCAGUUAUUAUUUUAGGUAGAAAAUAAAAUUAUUAUUAUUUUAUAAUACAAAAUAUUACGUAGAUAUAACAUUAUAUAGAAUACAAUAGGCCCCACUAGGCAAGCUAGCAAAUUAGUUUAAAUAAGUCUCGUAAUUCUGUUAUAACGGUUAACCAAGAUAUAGGUAUUUUCUCAAUAAAAAAAAAAAAAACCAAGUCAAGUAUUUUCCCGGUUUUUCUGACGUAGCUGCACGUAGGUAUGAUUUAGUUAUACUUAUGCUAGGAAAAAUUACUUGUACUAGGGGCAACUACAUUAAACAUUUCGAACAACUAUUAUCACUGUGAAAUAUAGUGUGUAUUAUAAUUUCCCAAAAUGCGCCGAAAUUGAGAACGCUUUCCUAUACAUCAUAUCAGUGGCGUGCUCAGCUUUUUUCUAUGGGAGGGAGGUGAACUGUAUUUUGUUUUGUUGAUAGUCAUAUAUACACAUUUACCAAAUGUAUACUUAUUGAUAUUUUAGGAGUAAGGAGUUAGGUACAAAUUACAAUGUUAAUAUACCUACAUAUAUAUUAUAUACAAACCUAUAUUUUAGAUUCUGAGUGGAGCGAAUAUGGAGCUUAUGGUUUUACAAAUAUGUUAAUUUUUUUUUUAUUUUUAUGUUUUUCUGUGGACGAAUUUACUACCAGAGGUCUUGCUCCGAUUUUUAAGUGUCACACAUUUUCUGAAAGGGAAUCGAUGUAUGAAGAUUCUUUAAAAAUGUUAUUUUUUGAUUUUUCCAAGAGUUCUCCCAGCAAAUGUUAAAAACUAGGAAAAAACAUGGUAAAACCAAGAAAAUCGGUACAUUAAACAAAUAUAAUUAAAGAUAUAUAAUUAAAAUAUAUAAUGCAUAUUUAAUUAUUUUACAAUAAUAUGACAUAUAUGUUGUUGACAAAGCAUCACUAUCAAUUGAACUCCGCUCAGAAUCGUUUUUUCGUUAGGAAUGGUUUAUCAUUGCUUACAGAUACACAUUAAAUUAGGUACCUAUAACAGUGGCUGCAUCCGACUCCAUUAUCCUAGAAAAGCUUUUUUUAUACUAAUAUUUUAAACCUCUUUUUUCAUUUUUUUUGUUUAAAGGUAACUUAAAUGUUGGCAAUGGUAUUCAUACAUUUUUAAGUGCCCAAAUAGUAAAAAACAAAAGUUAUGUGCGCUAGGUAGUAAGAACUGAUUUUUUUUAUCUGAAAUAAAGUCUAAACUUCUUUACUUACAGUAAAUUUAUCAGCAUCUGAUAAUCAAUAGUUUACAAAUAAGCUUAUAUCGUUUACAUGCAUACUUUCAGUCUUAAAAAUAUGAAAUUAUUUAAGAUAUUUAACCAAUUAGGCAUGUGUAUUAAUAUAAAAGUUUUAUUAUAGCAUAGCUAAAAACUAAAAUUAUCAAGGAACUUCAAACAAAUGCGUAAAAAAAAAGUUUAUGGGGGGAUAUGACACCUUCAUCCACUUUUCUGUUUACGCAACUGAAUAUAUAAUACGAUUGAUACGAAUGUUGAAAUUUUGGUUUUGAUCCAAUAUGACAUAUUUUAUACAUAUGUAUUAAAAUAAAUUGAUCAAAUGUAUGGAAUUUAUUUGUGGAAACUGAAAUAUUAUAUAAUUACUUCAAAAUAGAUUUAUCUUUGGUCCCAGCGAAAAAGUGUUUAAGUCAAUGUUUUACAUUUGUGUUAUAUAAUUUUGGAUACAUCUGAAAUGAUUCUUAUAUUUAAAAAUCGACAUCCAAAUUGGUUCGGGUUGUUACGAAGUAUACAUAAUAUAAUUGGUUCCCAGAUUAUUUUAAAAGUAAUUUCAAUUUUCUUUUACAUUUUAUAUAGACUUAAAACUUUUUUGUUUCAAUGAUUGUGUUUUAAUGUUUCAAUGACAAAAUGGUAAUAUUUUAGUACUUUACAUUAAUAGGUGUUUCUGAUAUUUCCAAAUAUUGAUUUUUACUAAAUUUGAUCGUUCGAAAAAAGCGAAACGUAACGUUAUAUUAUUCAGUAUAUAAUGAAAUUUAUCUAAUAAUAUUAAAUGAUAUUAUGAUUUAAUGACAAUAAAUAAAAAGAUGACGAGUUCUUUGAUUAAAUAUUAGACAAUUAUAUUCAAGAAGGCGGUACAUUUCCGUUAGAAAUGGUUCAUUUUUAUUACUUUUAAAAUAGGAACCUAUUUUAGAAAUCAAUACGGAUAGAUAGACUUACUCUUCGUAACGACCUGUGAAUCACUUAGGGUACACCUACAAUUUUGUUCAACGCAAUUUUAUUCCUUUUAUUUUUUAGUCUUAAAUGCAAAAAAUAAUGUAUGUAUUGCGAGUGUGUAUUGUAUUAUUGCAUGUAGACGUGCAUGUAUGUGUUUCUUACAGUUUGGCAUGUAUGUUUUUUUUUAUUUAAAAUUCUGAAUAUCCAACGCAUUUCUCUUUGCACUCUUCUACAGUUCUACAUUGUUGACCGGCUAUUUUAUUACCUACUAAAGUUUGGAAUACCGAAUACCUACAAUAUGUAAAUUAAGUGUAUGUAUUUAAUGUGCGUUAUUCAAAUUUGUUUACGUUUCUAAUCACUUUGAAGAUAAUAUCCAUCCCACAUUCCUGCAACAUCGUAUAAUACAAUAACAGGUUCUCAUCGCGUUGACCGUUCAUGUUUUUAAUCUUUUUUUCACUCCACACGAGUUUUUUCCGUAUAUGAUCUUGGAAGUAUUUCAUAGUACCUACUAUAGAUUAUAGAUACCUAUAUUUCAAAAUGUAUCGAAAUUGUAUUAUACUUACACUCGUAUUCACCUACUACGAAUAUUACACAUUAAUACAGAAAUUCAUUUCAGAUAAUUAUUAAGUAUUAUUACCUAUUGUAUGGUAAUAAAAAGCGUAAAUUUAAAACCUAUAAGUUUAAUAGGAAUCUAACAAGUGUACACUGUAUUCAAUAUUUAUUAAUAGUUUAUCAUUUGUGUUUGCAGUUGAGCACACAAUAUCUCGUAAACAAUAUAUAUACUUAUAGUUAAAUAUUUUGUUUGAAUUUUCUAUUAAAAAUUUAGAGGUAUGCUAAAAAUAUAGGUACUUAUACCUUCUAAAUUGUAUUCAUUUAGAUUUUUUUCGAAUGUGAAAAUUUAUUUUGUCAAUCAAAAUUGUGUUUUCACUAGUUUUUCGUUUGUGACUAUUUAGGAACUUUUUCGGUAUUUAGGUAUAAAAUCAUCCAAAACUUUCUAUUACACUGUAUAAUAUGAUCUAAAUGUUUAUACUCGGUUUUAUCCUUUUAUUAAAUGAUUAUCUUCCACAGACUCACAAACUUCACGCUGUAGAUAAAUUAAUUACAUUUAGAUACAGUUAUCUCGGAUAUACAAGUACUCGGAUAUACCUACAUACCUUAAAAGACACAGAAUUUUUGACAAGUAGUACUAACUUUAUUUGAAACGAUUUUCAUUCUAGAUUUCCAUCAAUUUUAUACUAAAUAAUUUGAAAUGUUGAACAUAGAUGGAAAAUAAAUAGACAGAUGGGACGUUAUAGCAUCUUGAAGUCGAUUUUUUUAUUUUAAUAUCUAUAGAUCUUAUACUCUAACUUUGGAUUUUUUCGUUACGCAAGAAAAACCUCAUUUAAUCAGUUUUCGAAAUGGAAAAUCUUACGAACCGAAACGUUUAAAAAACUAAUAUGCCAUAUGAUGGCUAUAUUAAUAUAGAGAACACCUUUUUUAUUUUCUAUUUAUAAUCUAAUUUUAGUGACACAAAGAAGGUAGGUAUCUAUUUUUCAAUAAACUGAAUAUAAGAUUUUCAAGCUUUUCCAAACAAAAUUAUCAGAUACCGAGGGUCGAUGGUUGUAUAGAUUUAAUAAAAUUACGACUAAAUUUUCGAGAUAACGUUUAAAAAUAAAACAGAUGAAACAAAAUAAAACGGUCGUUUUUGGAGAAUACAAUAAUUGCAAGUACUGCCGAUAUUGCUUUAUUUUUAUAGAUUCGUCAAAUGAAAAUUUGAUUUUUUAUACAAAUUAUUUCCAAUCAUUUUAAUCCUUUUGAUUGUAUAAAUCUGCAUUUAAUUAUAUAAACUAAGAGUAGAAAUAUAACCUACAGUUCAAUAAGUUCUACUCAGAAUUGUUUUUUGUUCUCACUGGGGCAUCCUUCUUCAAUUUUUUUUUCAAUGAUAUUGACCAUUUUGUCAAACUGUCGAUAUGUCAUACGUAUAAUGACGCCAGCCGCCAUGUGCGUGGUGGUCAAUAUUUACAUUUUUCAAUCGCGGUGUUACUAUUCAUUAUCAUUUCAUCACACAUAUUUUUUCUUUGUAGAACAUAUAUUACAUUGUAUAAUAUGAUCUAAAUGUUUAUACUCGGUUUUAUCCUUUUAUUAAAUGAUUAUGUUCUAAGAUAGUGUUGUGGUGUAUUUUAAUUAUUAUCAUUUUAUACGUUUAUUACAUAAAACAAUACUUAUAAUGUCUUCCAGUUCGUUUUUCUUCCACAGACUCACAAACUUCACGCUGUAGAUAAAUUAAUUACAUUUAGAUACAGUUAAUUAAAUCGAUCAGGAAACUAUAAAUAAGUAUUCUACUUAACUGUAGGUACUAAUCAUCAAUGAGUGAGGCCAAAUAAACAUCAAACACAACAACUACAGUAUAACAUCAAAAUAUUAUCAAGCUGUAUUGACAAACAAAUUAUGUAAACAUUCACCGGCCACCACACAAAUUAUGAUGACUGGUAUCAAAUGAAAACAGCAGUUAUAGCUGUAGUUAUUCUACAUCUAUGGAUUAAAUUUAAAAUACUAUCCCAUAUAAUUUUUUACCAUAAAAUGCAGGGCUUAGUGCAGGGGUGUCUAACCUUUUGUGAAGACUGGGCUACAUCAUGUAAGUAAAAGUUGUUGUGGGCCACAUACAUUUUAUUUAUAAUUUUUAUCAUAGUGAAAAAUUAGUAGAAAUAUUUUGAGGAGCUAUUAAAUUUUAUUUAUAAUUACAAGAAAAAAUACAUUUAUUUAUGAUUAAAAGGAAAAAAUUUUAAAAUAAUUGUAUUGUUAUUUUAGUUACAUUAGUUUCUUUAUCACUAUCGAAUCCCAAUAAAGUUAAAACUUUCAUAUAAUAGUAUACGGGUAUACUAUUAAGUAACAUUUAACAUUUUUUAAAAUAUUUUUUAGUUUUAUAUUCUUAAAAUAAAUUUAUUCUCAUAAUAUUGUAUAUAUUUAGUAGAUGAUUCAAAAUUGAAGCGAGGGCCAUAUUAAAACCUAUCGUUGGCCAUAAACGGCCCGCGGUUGGGCACCCCUGGCAUAAUAGCUGUGUGAUAUACGAAUACAUAUGAUGCGAAAUAUAUGUCCCUUACAGAUUUUAUUACAUUAACUUGUUAAAUUUUGAUAGAAUAUUUUUAGUUUUGAAAAAUAUUCGGGCACCCCUGGACAUCCCAGUUAGGGGCUUAGAGCUUGACGACUAAGUAUUAUUACUUACGAGUACCUAUAUAUUAUUAUUAAGUAGGUACCGUGAUCUAUACCAACAUGUAUGUGCAAUAUAUUCGAAUAGAAAAUAAUAUAUUAAUUGAAAUUAAAUUAAUUUCUCUUUUAGCAGUUGUGUAGGCAUUUAUUAUUUUAUUAUAUUAUGUUUAAUUGUUUAAUAUAUAUUAUUAUAUUAAACAAUAAAACAUAAUAUAAUAUAUUAAUAUAAUUUGGUGAACCAUACACUUGUGUGAUGUGCGUACGCGAGACUGCUGUUCUCAGAAUAUCGACAUUAUAAUUUUAAUUGAGAAUAAUAUAUUAUAUAAAUCGCUAAUGUGAGCUCUGCUCAGAAAUUUUUUCCGAAUGUAAAUGUUUUUUUUAUAUUUUUUUUUUUUUUUAUACAUAUAUAAAUAUAUUAGUAUAAUACAAUGUAAAUACAACAGGAAACCUCUUUUGCUAUUAGGUGUUAGACCUUCUAGCUACGACUUGUAUUUUUGUAUAAACAUAUCGAUAGAAUUAACAUUAUAAAUAUUAUAAUACAGAUCUUUAACUUUGAUGCUUGUGCAAAGAUUUAUUGCCUUAUGAUAUUUCUUAUGUAAUUGAAACAUUUUUUUCAACAUAAAUUUUGUUUUAGGUUUAUUUUCUUGAAAAAACACUAUUUAGAUUAGUAAAAUAGGUAUCGAUGGUUCUCCAAAUUGUUCAUGUGGUAACUUGGUAGAUGCAGAUUUUUCUGAGUUUAUCGCUCAGUGGAACUUAAUUUGAUAAAAAAGAUCUGACGACUGAUACUACCGACAAGUAUGCCAUUGUUAUAAGUGAGUAGGUGGGAAGGUAAGAUAUAUAGGUAUUUAAUUUUUAUCUGUACGUGACGAUUAAUCAUUAGGUACCGAUGAAACACGAUUCUGAGUGAUUUUGGUUAAACAUGUUUUGAAAUGUGCCUUGGUUUUAAAAUAAGCACAGUGAAAAUGUGUUUUAUCGGGAAUGUGGAAUGUCAUCGUAAAAAAGAAAACAAUGAUUCUGACAUCGUAUAAUGCACGAAUGGUUACAAUAUUUUAUAAACAAGAAAAACGUGAUUGUGGUAACAUCAAGCUAUUGUACAUAUAAAUGAUAAAGCUAGAUCAACUUGGGAAAAACCGUUUUAAACUAUUGAUGACAUAAAGGGGAGGAGUGACUCGGAAAUUUUUUUCCGGCAAAUAUACAUGUCCAAGUCACUUCAAUUUUUACCAUUUCGUGAUUGAUAGUUGUAUAUCUAAUUACAAUUUUAUUUAGAGAAUUAUAAACACAUUUUCGGACCACACAUUUGUAAAAACUUUUAUCACUGAAUUAACAUCAUUAAUAUCCUUUCCAUAGUAUCUACUAUACAGAUUUUUAUCAAGGAAAAAUAUUUCAGCCAAACACUAUAAUAUUAUAUUGCUGUACAAUGUCAAUGGUCAGUGGCGUAUCCAUAUUUUUUCAAUGAAGGGGGACCUGGCUAAAAUAAAAAAUGUUUUGCAAAUUAUCUUAUUUGUAUUUUUAUUAUAAUGGAUUGAAUAAGUAGGACAAAUGUUUAAUCAUUUAUUAUUUGAUUAGUAACUAUAAAGUGGAAUAAUUCAGUAUUUUCAGCGUUCAUCUUUAUUCUUAUCAUAGAAAAUAUUAAAUGCCCGGUAAUUUAUCUUUUAAAAAGGGUUCUUGUUUUAUUUAUACAUUUAAUUGUUUAGGUAGGUAUUAUACCCUUAUUAAGUUUUUGACUGAAUGAAUUAGCACUAUAAUAUUGAAAAUGUAAAACUUGCAUUUUUUUUUUGAGUUACGAAUGACCAUAAUAAAUUCUGAAAAUCAAAUAAUGACUUUUCGAAGUCGUAAUGUAAUAUUUCUAAUCGUUCUGUACUUUUGUUUGGGACUCUAGAAAAAGACUGGGAGGGGAUAAAAACAGCGCGUAUAUCGUUGUCGUAAAACCAAUAAAACAGUAUAGCUUCGCUUAAAAUUUAGGACUAAUGAUGGGUCUUUAAGACGCAUUAUACCUGUAUAAUCCAUUUCAAAAUUGUCAAACUGGGACGUUUAGUUUUACUAUGAUAUAUUAUAUAUAUAUGGAACGCGAUCAAAAGGUCCCUGUGUCAUAAUAAUAAUAUAAUAUUUUGUACUAAUAUACUUCGUCGUAUAACUAUGGGAAUGACGCACGUAUGGUAUGUCGUCACUUGUCGAUAAUCGACUCGAUUCUGUUAAGAUCGUAUUCAUAUUACGACGUCAUUAUGGCAUUCGUAGAAUUCGUGUUUGGCGCCAUUAUAUUAUAUACAUAGGUAAUGGACGCGAACAACUUUUACGUUCUCGCACGGUCGCAUUAUUAUAUUAUUAUUUAUUCGAAUAGUUUUUCACUUUGUUUCCCGAAGAUGCAGUCGCAUAUAAGUCCGAAACACGUCGUAAUAAUAUAUAGUGUGGUUAUAUAGAGGUUUUGAUAAAAUAUUAAGGAGGAAGAGGGUGGCGAUUUUAAAUUUUUUGGGUCCCAUACCAUAACGACAUAUAUCAAAUAAAGGAUAUAAUGUGUUUAUAGUCCUAUCAAAAAUUAUACAUAACAUUCAUUUUAGAUUCUGAGUGGAGCGAAGAAGCUUAUGGUUUUACAACUGUUUUAUCUGUGAACAACUUUUCUACCAAAGAUCUUGCUCCGGUGUAUACGAUGUAGUAACUUUUCUGAAAGGAAAUUUUUUUGGGGAGGUACUUUGAUGAUGUCAUCUUUCGAUUUUCUCCCGAGUUUUCUCAAAAAGUAUAAAAAACGGGAAAAUGUACGAAAUAUAUUAGAAAAAUAUUAAGAUUUUUUUUUCUGUGAACAACUUUUCUACCAGCAAUUUUGCUUCGAUUUACAAUUUUAAUACUUUUUCUGAAAAGAAAUCUGACUGGGCAGGUACUUUAGGGUCAUUUUUCGAUUUUCCUAAGAGUUUUCUCAGAAAAUGUGAAAAACCGGAAAAAAAGGUACAAUAUUAAACAAAUAUUGUUAAAGAAAAUAUUUAAUGCUUAUUUAAUUAUUUUACCAUAAUAUGACAUAAUAUAUAUUUUUGACAAAGCAUCACUGUCAACUUAAAUCCUCUCAGAAUCGUUUUUUUGUUAGCAAUGGUUUAUCGUUGCUUACGUAUUCAGAACAUACAAAAAAAGGUAUAGGGGGGGAAGGCGAUGGGGGCAAUCGCCCCUCCUGAAAAUCGUCACUGCCUAUUAGUAUAGGAAUACAAACCUGGCACCUUCCUGCGGUUUAUAUUUUACUAACUAUCUAUAAUUAUUUUAGGUUAUUAUUUAAUCUAAAUUUCGAGAAAAAAGAAAAUUGGUAUCCAAUAAAUAUUUGAUGUCUUAAACUAAUAUUUGAUGAGGAGUCAGAAUAGUCGGAAUCGUCGUAGAUUUUAUAGAAAUACACGCCUCACAUAAAAUAGUUAAAAUUUAAUGUUUUUUUUUUUAUUAUUAUUAUUUGAAAGUGUUUUUGUAGGUCGCAUAACUCCAAUUUUCAAAAUUCAGAUUUCUAGACACUGUAUUAAUAGCAUCUAAAAAAUUACUAUUUUUGAUAUGUUUUGACAUUUUUCAUACACUAUAAUAAAAAAUCAGAUUUUAAUAUAGUUAGCCUAAAAAAAGUGUUGCUUUUUUUAAAUCAAAACAAAAAUUAUUGAAAUUUAGGAGCGUUUUAAGAGGUGUGACAGUUUUCCCGCGAAAUAAUUUUCAUUAGUAACAACGACUGUAUGCCUUUCUUCUGGGUAGUAGAUAGUGAAAGUUUUAUCUUUAAGGUGACCGUUUAAAAUAUGUUAAAACUAAUUUUCAAAUUUUAAAAAACUAGAGAAAAUUCGGAAAUGCCUCUAUUGCACUUUUACAAAAUUUGUUUAUAUCGCCUUUCCCCACGGAGAACUAGCGUUUGAUACUAACUACUGUAUACAGAUAUUAUACCUAGAGAUGGUCAUUUUCACUACGUAUACCUAUCUUUAUUUAAACCGAAUUUCUUUGCUCCAAUGUGCACUACAGAUCCACACACGUUAAACAUAAGUAAGUAUAUAUUAUAUUGAACGCAGAAAUCAUAAUAGUACCUAACUGCAGAAUAUAUUUUAAACUAUACGACGCCGUACAGAGACUAUAAUUAUAAUAUCAUAUUGUGCACACACACACACACACAGUAGUUGUACUAUAAUAUUAGGCGAGUAAUUAAAACUCAAUCGCAUUCGAUAAUAUUACGACCGAACGUUGACCACUGUCGUUGUCGUCAUAAAACGCAACACGAAACGCAAUGACUAUAUUUUAACGGCGAUGUCAUUACAACCUUAACCUUAGGGUCUCAAACAGGUACCUAUAUAGUAUUAUAAUAUUAUGUGUUAUGCGUUAUGUGUGUUCGUGACGUUUGUGUGUAUGUAUUUUGGGCGUGCGUUUAUAACUGCAGUAGCUGACAUGAUAGACUGUGUUCGAUGAUGGCGUAUGUGAAUAUUAUCUCGGAAGGAAUACGGCAUACACCGUAAAAGUAAGAAAAAAAACAUCACCGGAGCGCGCGCGCAUUUAGAUUUGAUGAUUUAUCGUUUCCUCCAUGGUUUAUUUAAUCGUUUCUUUGCCCGUCCCGUCUACCACUGACGACGUCGUAUGUUUAUUAUCUCUCGAGCAUAUUGACUCUCGUUAUUAUUCAGCCGUGGAACCGAGCUGAAAUGUCGUUAUCUAUUUUCCGAGUAGUGAACUUUUCAGUUUCACCCUCGUCGUUCGAACGUUAGUUGAUGUUAAUAUUCCGAUUUUGCCCGUUUGCGGACGAUUCCGCACUCGCGUGCCAUUGUUCGUUACGUAUUACCCAUCACGAUAAUCAUAAUAAAUAAUAAUAACAAUAUAGGUACCUACUACACAAUAACAAUAACAACGAGAAUAUCUUUGCUCCGUAGUUCAAAACGACGACGUUUGUAGUGUUGUUUGUCUCGAACACGACCAUGUAAUUAGGUACGCGAUUUUCUACGUCAUAUGUUUGCAUUUGUAAAUAGCUAUGUUCAAAAUAAUUAUGCAUAAAAUUAGUUGGUUAAAUUAUAAAAAAAGGAACAUGGUGAUAAUAAUAAUUAAGUUUUAACUCGUUCGUUUUUAUCACCUUUAGCAAUGGCGUUUUGAUUUUUGUUAUCAGUUUUGUUCAUUGCAAAAUUGAAAAUUGUAUUUCCAAACGACGUGGUGAAUUGCUGUUUUGCACAAUAUGUUCCACUCGGUAUGCACGAACCAGAAAGUCGGUUGACGUACAUCUAGCCUGUAAGUCAUUUUGACAAUAUGGGAGCUAAAGAUUCAAAACCGAGCUGUAUAACUUACGAGGAUGCAGUAAAAAGAAGUAUGAUGUUUUAAUGCACUAUAGUAUUUACACUGCUAAACGAUUUGUUCACUAAGUGGAUACUGAUUGUUAUAACUUUUUUAACAAUAUUUGUGUAUUUUAGUCAGUGAUUCGGAACUUAAAAGAUUGAGAGAAGCCUUUAAAAGAUUGUCUCCUAUAAAUGGAGCAAUUUCCAAGUAUUCAUUUAUUAAAGAAGUUCUCGGUGAUGGGGUCCCUUCAUCAAUAGCUGAUGUUCGUUUUUAAAUAUUUUAACUAUUGAUAUUUUUCCUAAGAUAUAACUAUCAAUAUUUUUUAGUAUAUAUAUUCAGCUUGCGGUGGUACAUUUAAAGGAAUUACUUUCAAAGAUCUAGUUUGUGGAUUAGUACUCUUGACUCUUGGUAAAAAUGAAGAAAAAUACAAGUGUAAGUACUUAAUUAAUAAAUUGAAAUAUUUCUAUUUGAUAGUUUAAACAUUGAGCAUGGUUUUUUUUUCAGUUUUAUUUAAUUUAUAUGCCAAUGAAAGUGAAAACGUUAUCUUACGAGAAGAAUUUCAAAGACUUAUACAGGUGUCUGAAUGUAUUUUUGUACCAGAACAUGUUCAAUUUUUAUUUUCUGAAGUAAGUUUUAUUUUUUCUCAAUUAUUGAAGUAUAAUUCUACUUUAUUAAGAAUGUUAUAUAUUUUUAGCAAGACCGUGUCAAUUAUGAUGAAUUUAGAUCCUGGUUAACCCUACAUCCAGAUGCUACAUCCCUAAGUCGAUGGUUACUAUCUAAUCCAUGUUCAGUUUCUUUGAGUAAUGAACUAGAAAUGCCCACUUUUUAUCAAACCCUUGCUGGAGUAACUCACUGUAAGUAAAUACUUAGCUAAACAGUAAAUACUAACGUUAGUUGUUUAACUCAUUACAUAGGUACAUUUUUAUUCAUAUAUAUUUCUAAUUUAUAUAAAUAUUUGAUGUUAAAUUUGCUUACCAAACAAAAUUCAAUUAGGUCUUAAGAAUAAAAUUCGUUAAAAUAAUAUUUAUUAUCAUUAAAAUUAAAAGUUCCUAUUGUCAUAUAUGCGGUAUUCCAUAAAAACCACUAAUCCAAAAUUUAAUAUUUAUAAGUUUAAUUCUAUACAAAUUUUAAUAUUCUAGAGUAUAUCAGAUUCAAGUUCUCUGGUAAGUUUUAAAGUAAUCAUAAAUAAUUUGUUUUAAAUUACAUGAUUUUGAGACUUGCAUAAUUCCAAUUUGUAAUAUAAACUUAAUUGUUCAAAAACAGUUGUUCUUCAGUAGCACAUAUUAUUAUACUAAUGUACACAAUACACUUAUCUUAAAAAAAUAUAUGAGAGAAGGUAAAUACAAGAAACUAAUCUAUUCAUUUUUAAUCCUUAUAUUACUCUUAUUUCAACAAGCCAUUUUUAUACAGAGUGUACAAUAAAUAAUUAGGCACUAUUUUAAAAUAGUGAAAAGAACCAAUAUAUUAAAAUUACUAUACUUAAUACAUUACAGACACUUUGUAUACAUAAUUUACAUAAUUUUUUUAUGAAAUACAAAUAUAUUUGAAUUGUAUUAGGAAAUAAAUAUAUUUUCCUAAUUUAGCUAUUUGCCAUUCUGAAAUGUUUUUAUCUAGUAAAAUUUUUUUUUUUACAAAGAUAUUAGUUAGUAUUUAUUUUUAAACAUUAAAUCUGUUGAAUUUUUCUAAUAUCUUUAUGGUUGUAUAGUUUAAUAGUGCUUACUUAAAGACUCAUUUUUAAUAUCACAUAUGUAGACUAUUUUUUAAAAACAAUAAAAUUGUUCAGUUGUUGACUGUUAAUUAUGAUAGUUAUGUUAAUCUAAAAUAGCUGAUGUGAUUUACUAAUUUCAAAAAAAAAUAACAGUUAUCAAUAUUAAUAAAUAUUAUUGUGAUAGAUGCUUAAGAUCCUCAUAUUCUAUGGAACACAAAAAUUACUAAAUUUAAAUUGCAUAAUUCUUGAUGAAACUUGAUGUUAACACACUUCUAAGUACUUUUGCUGAUGACAUGGCUAUUCUUACCAUAGAGACUGAUCCUAUUCAAGCAUUUCUGAAAAUGUGAUUUAUAUGAAUAUAAUGGUUCCUCAAAUUUUAUACAUCAAAUUGACUAUCUUCAUCUAUUACAUCCCAAUUCCAACCUCUUCUCAAACAAAAUACCAUGGCUUAAUAUUUAACAAAUAUCUUACCCAAGCGCAAAGCUUCCAGCCAUCAUCUUUGCUUACUCAGACCUUAACAUUGUUUCAAAUUCUCACUGAAAUUCAAAAUAUAUUUUCUUAAUCACACUUCAUGAUCCAUGUGACACUACAGUAUCCAACUAUUAGGCAAAGUGUACUUUUCCUGGGCAUCAUAAACAGCACAAUUUAAUUAUACAUUUCUUAUUUUAUGUGAAUUAUUAUAUUAUUUAAUAAGAAAACAUAUUAAAAUUAUUAAGUACAUUAAUAACUUACUAAGAAAAAUGUUCGAUAGAUAUUGCACAUGCAAGGUGCAGAAUAUAAUGAUUUAUAAAUGAUAAUUGUGUCAUUAAAAACUCGUAAAAUUAACUGGAAAAUUCACAAUCAAUCUAAUAGAUGGUUUUAUCAACAACUUUAUCAAUUAAAUAUGAAAAAAUAUUAAUAUAACAAUACAAAAGUGAAUAAUAAAUAAUACAAACAAAUUUAAAUUAAAUUUAUUUUUCCAUUUAAAUAAUAUAAUAAUUCAUACUGUAAUAAAAAAAAUCUAUUACUAACUAUUAAACAUAUUAUACAUUUAAACAUUUCAUGUUAAAAUUAAUUUUAAAUUCUGAGUGAAAUGAAGAAUGUAUUAGUUUUACAAUAUUUUUUUUUUUUACUGUACACAAAUUCUAUCAGAAAUCUUGCUCCGAUUUUAUAAGUGCAACAUUUUUUCUGAAAUUUUUUUCGGGAUGGUAUAAAGGUCAUUUUUUAAUUUUCCCAACAGCUUUCAUAAUAAUUUUAAGAAAACUGAAAAUAUACGAAAAUAAUGCUUUUAUUAUUUUCAAUUUUGUGUUUUUGUUUUUUGUUGAAAUUCAGUUAAAAAUAUUAGUAGAGACAUGACAUUUUGAUUAUGAAACUUAGGUUUGCUUUUUCUAGACUUGGUCAAAUUUUCAAAACAUUUGAGCUAUUUAUAGAUAUUUUAAUUUUGCGAGUUAUUAACAAUUCAUCAUUAUUACUAACACCAAAAUUUUGUUUCAAAAUAUUUUUUAUAAAAUGGAUAUCCUUGAAUUUUGUAAAAAAUAAUGUUUUUAAAAAAUUCUAAUUUUUAUUAUUAGUUUUUCAAAAAUAUAAAUAGAGGGAUCAUAGUGUAAGGCUUUAGUAUUUACAAGAAAAAUAAAGCUUGCAAAUAUUAAACAAAACAAAAGUUAUUUCAGGUGUUAGAUGUUCUAGUUUCGGCCUGAGUUUUUAUAUAAUCAUACCAAUACCAAUAGAAUUAGUAUUAUAAAUACUAAUGUACUCUUGUGCAAUGAUUUAAAAUUUUGUUUUACUAAAGUACAACUUUUUUUUUAGCAAAUUAAUAUUACUAUUUUAUCUCAAGCAGUUGGUGAAAUUGUUUAAAAAUAAAAAUCUUUGUAAAACGAAUAUAUUAUUCCUCUUUUUGAAAUUUAAAAUAGUUAAUUGCAUAACCGAUGAAAAAUUGUAUUAUAAUAAUAAUUGUCAAUCAUACUUACCUUUUAUAUCAUAAAUUUAAAUGACUAAAUUAAAUUUAUAAGCCAAUUACAAAAUUUAUUAAACAUUGACAAUAUUUCCUGAAUUAAAUAUUACUAAUUUAUUUAUUUUUUUUUCAAGAAAUUAUCUACACAGUUAACAAUUAAACAUUCAAAAAUAAAUAUUUAUACUAUUCCAAUUUCAACUAGUAUUAAAUAAAUUUAAUUUUGUAUUUUUUUAGUGGAAGAAUCUGAUAUCAUUGAAUUAGAAAAAUGUUAUUGGUCAUUGAAAGGUGAAUCUUUAUCGGGAAAGUUGGAUUUAAAGACAUUGAUUCCUUUAAUAAGCCCUCCAAUGCCAUUAAAUGUUUGUUCUGGUUUGUUUGCUGCUUUUGAUGAGAACAUGGAUGGUCAUAUAGAUUUCAAAGAAAUGGCUUGUGGAAUAUCAGCUGCUUGUAGAGGACCUUUAACUGAGCGACAAAAAUGUAAUUCUUUCAUUAUUUUUUUUAUGUGGCAAUUUAUUUAUUAUCUAUUAAAUUUGUUUUAUUUUUUUUUUCUUUGAACAUUUUUUAAACAAAUUAUGUUUUUUUCAAUUCAAAUUUAGUUUGUUUCAAAGUCUUCGAUACUGAUCAGGAUGGUUAUUUAUCAAAGGAUGAAAUUUCUAAAAUGGUUGAUGUUAUGCUUUUUAUAUGUGAAGACAAUAUUGCUACCCAGAAUAAAGAAGCUACUGAUGAAUCAGGUAAUUAUUAGUCAAUUCAAUUUAUUCAAGUUAUUUUUAUUGUAAAUAUGUGUAUUUUUUAUGUAUUUAUUUUUUUUUUAGUUAAAGAAAUCAUUGUAUCUGAUUUGAUCAAACGAUCUACUGAUCGAGGCCUUCCAAUUGGAGAGUAUUUGAUGUGGACUGUUCAUAAUUCACUACCAAUGGACUUUUUAAACUUAAUUUUUCAAGUAAAUAAGUUUAUAUUAUAAUUAAUAUUUAAUUUAAAUCAUUCUUUUGAAAUGUAUUGGUUGUACAAAAAUCUCAUAAUUAUUUUAAUAUUAUAGGUUUGUCAUAUAGUAUUUGGUUUGCGGCCAAUAUCACAUGCAGAGGAGGGAGAAAUUGUAAAAGGCUGGUUAAAACGUGAAGACCGUAGAGGUUUAGCUGUUGGUCAGUUAUGGUAUUUAAUUUCAAUGGACUGGUGGAAAAAUUGGAAUGAUUUUGUUUCAAAUACUGCUAGGGUAAAAAUAGAAUUUCCUAUAUUAUGUGUUUGUUUCAAUAUAAAAAAUAUUGUUUACCAUUUAUUUUAGAAUGGAUGUGAAAUGUCUACCUAUGGUUCUUUCGAAAGUACUAACUCAUUCUCAAAAGCUUCUAAUUUAAAACUCACUUCAAAAAAAUCUCAGACAUCUCUUGAAAAUAGUGUCGCAUUUGAUAAUUCUUCUGUAUGUAUUUCCAUUUUUAAAUAAAGUGAAGACUUACUUUAACUAACUUUUUUCAUUAAAAUAUUAGGUGAUUGUUACUGGAAUAACUCCUUUAGAUCCUAGUACUGGAGGCCAUCGUAGAGUUGGUUCAUUUACUUCUUAUUCAUCUUUACAAGAAUCGUAAGUUAUUAAUUUGUAUUUAAUUUUCAAUAUUUUAAAACACUUUAAAUUUAAACAGUUUUUAACAUUAUUUGUUUUAUAAUUCAUUUCAGUCCAACACAAUCACCAAUCAUGAGUAGAAAAGUCAGUCUUAGCAAACCAGGUCCAAUUAACAAUUCAGGACUUAUAUCUGUGUCAACAACAAAAGUAACUUCAUUAACAGGUGAAGGAGGUCAACUUAAACGAAAUAUGCUAUUACAUGGUAGAGAUUUUCAGCUAGUUCCUAGCUCACUAUGGAAAGCGCUUAUACAAUGGUACAGAGGCUCACCUGCACUUCCUAGACAAGUAAUCAGUAACAUUAGAUAACAAAGAUAUUAAUUUGUGAUGACAUCAUUUUGUUGUUUAAAAUAAUUAAGUAUGAUUUAUAUAAUUAUCAUUUAGUAACUAUAUUUUGCCUAGGUUAUUCAAUCAAAUCAAGGAUCAUGUGAAGUUGAGUUAGAACUUUAUCCAUUAAAUCUUAGGUUAUUAAAACAUCAUAAUGGUACUUUGAAUAAUGGGACAGGGUCUAACUCUACUAUGACCAGAUCAACUACACCCAAUGCUGGAUCUUGGUCUGGAUUAGUUGGAGGAUAUGGUGCAGCAGCAUUAAGUACGAUAUUAAUUUAUAGAUAAAUUUAUAUUUAUAAUAUUAGUUAAAAUAAUAUUUAAUAUUAUUUACUAAAGGUUCUACUGGUUACAAUUAUGUAUCAAAUUUAGUAAAUUCUAUGCCACGUCGUUACCUUGCAUACACUGCAUCUUUUAGCAAAUUAUCAACAGUAAAGCAUGUGUAUGAUUUUUUAUGUGCUCGAUUGAAACUUAAACCAGAAGAUAUGAGACUUUGGCAUUUUCAUGAUGAGGUUUGAAUUUUGUUUAUAACUAUUUGGUUUAUAUUUAUGUAUUGUUUCUGUACACGUAGAAUAAUAUGGUAUUAAUUGAAGAUGAAGACCAAACAUUAGAAGAAUUAGGCGUAUGCGAUGAAGAUCAAAUAAUCAUUGAAAUAAGAAACAAAGAUUUAACAUGGCCUGAAGAAAUUGGUUCUCUCUCUGUAAAUUCUAGUGAUAAAUGCAAACAAUGUAAGUGCUAUAUAUAUUUAUUGCUUUAUAUUAGGUCUGCGAAAGUACUAAUCUUCAUUUUUAACAAUUUUUGGUAAUUAAUUUAAAAUUGUAAUACUUAAUUAUAUUAAUAGUAUUUCUAUAUUUUUAUUUUUUUUUCAUAUAAUAAAAAAUAGAAUGUGUAUUUCAUUAAAAAUUGUAUUUUUUAUUAUUGAGAAAGUUUUGUAUAGAAUGGUUCAGUCAAAUUUGAAUACCAAUGUAGUAAAUAAUAUUUUUAAUUUCAUAUUAUUUUUAUCUGGUUGGUCAGUAUCAAAAAAAAAAAAAAAAAUUAAAAAUCAAUUUAAAAAAUUCAAUUAAUUAUUAAUUAAUAAACUUGUGUAAUUUGUUUUUAAAAUUAUGAGAAUAAUAUAAAAAUGUAAAAUAUUAUUUUGCUUAAAAUAAUUUUUUAAUAAUUAUCACUAUUAAAAAUAAUGAAAUGAGUAAUUUUUUUAUUUUACUGUGAAGUUAUUCACCAAAGACAUAUUUAUCUUAAGUUAUUGGUUUGAUUAAUAAAAACUUGGUUUGUCUGUUGAAUUAUGAUUUCACAAUCACAUGUGUAACAUUCAAAUUUGAAUAGAUACCUAAAACUAUUCAAAGGUUUUGAUUUUUGAUUUUUUUUUUUUUUUUAUAGUGCCUGCUGAAAAAGGAGCUACAGGUUUAAAUAAUUUGGGGAAUACAUGUUUUAUGAAUGCUGCAUUACAAUGUGUUAGCAAUACUAGACUUCUUACACAAUAUUUCAUCAAUGAUAUGCAUCUCUAUGAACUCAAUCGGUAUGUAUUUUUUCCUUAAAUUUAAUAAGAACUUUACUAUUACAGUUAAUUUUUUAGGACCAAUCCUUUGGGAAUGAAGGGGUGCAUAGCUAAACGUUAUGGUGAUCUAAUUCAUGAAAUUUGGAGAGGAACUGCUAAAACUAUAGCACCACUUAAAUUAAGAGUAAAUUAUUUAUACUUUUAUUUGUUAAAGAGGUUUUAAUGUUUUUGAUUUAAGUGGACAAUAGGAAAGUAUGCACCAAGGUUUAAUGGUUUUCAACAACAUGAUUCUCAAGAACUACUUGCAUUUUUAUUAGAUGGUUUACAUGAAGAUCUGAAUAGAGUACAUGGCAAACCAUAUUCUGAGCUAACAGAUAGUGAAGGUAGACCUGACGUUACUGUUGCAGAAGAGGUUGGUUAAACUCAUUUUUUCAUUAUCUACAUAUAUUAUAAUAAUUUUUGUUAUAAUGUUAAUAUUAUUUAUUUAAUAGGCUUGGGAAAACCAUAUUGUUCGAAAUAAAUCAAUUGUUGUAGAUUUAUUUCACGGCCAAUUAAAAUCUAAAGUCACCUGUAAAGAAUGUGGUCACGAAUCUGUUAGAUUUGAUCCAUUUAACUAUUUGUCAUUACCUUUACCAAUGGAAUCAUAUGUGUUUCUUCAAGUAAUAGGUAAUAUUUUUUGUCUACCUUGAAUAUUUCGACUUAGAUUAAUUAGGAAAAAUUAAUGUAUUGGUUGUUUUUUCUUUUUCAUAGUAAUGUUAAUUAUUAAAAAGAGCUGAUACUGGGGAUGGGAGCGGCCACUGUUGUAGGUGAAAAUUUGGGAAGGUAGGAUACAUAAGGUUAUUUAAUUUAUAUUUGUAAGCAACGAUAAACCAUUGCUUGACGAAAAACGAUUCCGAGCGCAGAUCGAUAAUACAUAAUUUUUUUUGCGAUUUUCAUUUAAAUUUGAUUUAAAAAAAAAAGAAGAAAAACAUUUUGGAAAUUUUAGCACGUCUAGUAUAAGUAUUAUAACUGAUUUUCAAUUCUACAUGUAUUUAUAAACGAAUUACAGCAAAAGACCUGAAAAAAAUUUAAAUUCCUUAACAACUCAAAAGUUUUGGCGAUAAUACCGUAAGAAAGUAAAUCAAAGAGGCAACAAAAAAUGUCUUGUGAUUUUUUGAUUAAAUCAUUUUUUCUGGUAGAAAAUGUCGUCUGUGUUCUUAUAAAAUAAUGAAAUCAUGAAAUUGUACGUUUUCUCCGACUUAAGUGCUUUUGUUUAAAAAUUGCUUCAAAAAUCAAAAAAUGACUAAUUUUUAGUACAAUCUAGAAAACUUAAACUUUAAAAAAGUUGCUACACGUAAAAAUUAGAGCAAGUUUACUUAGAAAAACCGUGUCCAGGCUAGAACAAAGAAAAAAAAAAACCAGCAUUGUAAAACCAAUAACUCCCUUGCUAUGCUCGGAAUCUAAAAUAAAGAAAAUUAGAACAAAAAUUAUACUUUGGUGAUUAGUAAUUAUUAUAUUUAAACAGCAGCUUCUUAUAAUUAUGAUUCAAUAAUUGAAAAUGUAAUGUAUAAGAUUUGUUUUAAAAAAAAAAUUUUCUGAGAAUAUUCUAAUAAUUUAAAAUUUAUAUUUUUUGGUUAAUUUGUUUUAAUUUUAACAUAGAAAUAGCUAUUUUUAGAAAUAUUAAUUUAAUAAAUUAAAUUUUUUAUUAAAAUUAUAAUUAUAGACUUUAUAUUAAUUUUAUUAUUUAAACAUUAGUGAUUAAAUUGGAUGGCACUGUUCCUGUAAAAUAUGGCUUGAGAAUGAAUGCUGAUGACAAAUAUUCUGUUGUUAAAUCAAAACUUUCUUCGUUAAGUGGAAUCUCUGCCAACAACUUAAAACUAACAGAAAUAAUUGGUGCACAGAUUAAAGUUAGCUUUCUAACAAUGUAUUUAAAUUUAAUUGAUUUUUUAUAAAAUUUAAAUAUAAUAUUAAUCUGCAGAAUAUUAUUGUUGAUGAACAAAGAGUAAAACCUGGAAGUCUAUUAUAUGCAUAUGAGUUACCCCCUCCUACAUCAGUUGGACCUGGUUCUGAAGUAUCUGGUGAUGAAGAACGUCUAUCUAUUUCUUCAACUAAGUCUGGUACUCCUAGAGAAGCUGCACAAACAUUUACUACUAUACAACGAACUGUUAGACCAGGAAAUAUACCUGGUAAGUAUUUAAUUGACAGUCAUUUGCAUUUUUUUGUUAUUUAAACAUGCAUAGAUAAUGAAGUAAACAUUUUUUGAAAUUCUUAAAAACAUUAAUUUUAUAUUAUUUUUUAUUCUAGUGCAAUCAAAUGGUAAUCGUACAAAUAGUUUGAAUGAAGACAUAUCAACAAACGAUAACUCUGAUGUAAUUUUAUUUGUUAGAUUUAUUUUAUUAUACAAUUUGUAAUAUUUAUGUUUAUUCGCUUUUAGAAUAUUGGUGGUUCUCAAAUGGAUACUGAUAUAAAUUUAGAAGAACCCCUUCAAAUGCCAUUAGCAGAUAGUGGAAAUGGUAGUUCUAGUAGUUUUAGUUUAACUGAUAGUGGUGAUGCAAUCCAUCAGACUCCAAAUUAUGUUGUAGCAUUACACAGAAAAAUGGUAAUGAUAAUUGAUAUUUUAUUUUAAACUUGUUUAUUUAUAUAUACAAUAUAAUAGUGAACAUGUGCAUGAAUAACUAAUGUACUUAUUGCUUACUAUUCAAGUAAAUUUUUUUUAUUUUUUUUUUCAUAUUAAUAUUGUAUACAUUUUUAGAUUAGGCAAGAUGUGUAUUUCAUAUCCGCUCAUAAAAGUAAACCUAGUAUUUUUGGUUUACCAAUAAUAUUACCAUGUAAUGAAACUACUACUCAUCAAGAUCUUUAUCAAGCAGUGUGGCUACAAGUAGCUAGGUUGGUAUCGCCAUUGCCACCGUCAGAAUCAACUGUUCCCAAUCAUGCUAUGGACUGGUAAUCAAACAUACUUUUUUUUUCUUGCAUAAAAAUUGUAUUAUUAUAGAAAAUAAUAUUAAUAUACAUUUUAUUAAUUAUUUUAGCGAUGAUAGUCUAGGCUAUGAAUUUCCUUUUGUUUUAAAAGCUGUUAAUCGAGAAGGAACACUUUGUGCAUGGUGUCCGUGGUAUAGAUUUUGUCGAGGUUGUACAAUUUUAUGUUGUGAUACUGAUUUUAAUUUUGCUGCAAAUCAUAUUGCAAUAGACUGGGAUCCAACAGCUUUACAUUUACGAUAUCAAACAUCACAGGAGUCUGUAAGUUUUUUAAUUUAACUUUUAUUUUUACCUAGAAACUAUAAUAUAAACAAGUACAUAUUUAUAGGAACAUGAAUGUAUUGGUGAGUCCCAAUGUUCACACACAGAACCAAUAAGUCUUGAGUCAUGUCUUGCCGCAUUCACCAAAGAAGAACACCUUAGUGAAGCUGAAAAAUAUUAUUGUUCAUCAUGUCAAGACCACCAACUAGCAUCUAAAAAAUUACAAAUUUGGAGGUUGCCUCCAGUAUUAGUAUGUAAAAAUAUAUAUAGGUAGUAUCUAUGUUUUUAUUUGACAUUUAACUUUUUUUUUAGAUCGUCCAUCUUAAACGGUUUCAAUACCUCCAAGGAAAAUGGGUCAAAUCACAUAAAGUAGUAAAAUUCCCUUUUAAAAAUUUUGAUCCAACAGAUUAUUUAGCUUCAGUACCAAAACACACUGUUCUCAGAAACAGGGAAUUGCAAGAUACAAUUGAUAAUCUAAAGUAAAUAAACAAAGCUAUUUCAUAUUAUAUGAAUCUCUUAACAAAUAAUACAUUUUUUUAACAGAGAACAAUAUCCAACAUGCAAUAAAGAUGAUACAAUAAAAUCUAUCUUUACCACUGGUAAUUUUACAAAUAAUAAAUUACAUAAUAUAGUAAAUAAUAUUUACUAAAAUGUAAAGUAAUAUUAAACAAGUUAGUCUAAUGAUAUGAAUAAAUUAUUUUAUUUUGUUUAGAAAAUAAUCUAUUAAAUGUAAAUAGUCGUUUAAAAGAAUUAGAAGGCUCACAACGAAAAAGAUUAGAAUCUACAUCUCUUUUACGAACACCAAUAGAUGAUACAGCUUUGCAAGAUUUUCAUCAACAUAAGUUGGUUGGUGAAUUCAACCCAUUAGAUUUAAAAUAUAAUUUAUAUGCUAUUGUAGUAAGUAAUUUAAAAUAUUAUUGUUCGGUUUUACUAUAUUAAUAUUAUCUGAUUAAAUAAUUUAAUUGGUUUUUUUUGAAUGUUUCUAAAGUGUCAUUCUGGAAUUCUUGGAGGCGGUCAUUAUGUAUCAUAUGCUUGUAAUCCAAACGGAAAAUGGUACUGUUAUAAUGACAGUAGUUGUAAGGUAAAAAAUUGCUCAGUAUGAUUUUUAAAGUGUAAAAUAUUUUUAUUUUGUUUUUAUUUUAGGAAGUUACUGGGGAAAUAGAUACUAGUGGAGCAUACAUGUUGUUUUAUGAACGUGAAGGUCUCUGUCAUAACCAGUAUAUGCCUAAUGUGUCCGGACGUAUACCUGUUGAUGUUAAGGAUCUUGAUCAAGAUUUUGAUUCAGACUUGAAAAAAGUUUGUACUAUGAUGUGAUCUUUGAGCUUAUAUUAUAUUUUUUAAUUUAAUGAAAGAGGUUGAUUGGUAUAUUUUUAAACAAGUUUCUUUGUUACUUUUAUUAUUGUUUAAAUUUUAUAUAUAUAUAAAUUGGAGAUGCCAUAACAAUUUAGUAAUAUUGCAGUGAUUGUAUUAACUGCGUAACUGCGAUAAGGUUACUUAUGCCAUUAAAAAAAAAAAAAAAGUUACCAAUCAUAAUCACAGUCUGCACAUUUUUGUUUUUAAUUUAUAUGUUGCUAAUAAUGCAUUCCAUUUUAUAAUAUCUACUGCAAAAGUAGUUUUACUAUACUUAAAAAAAAAAAUAAAUAUUAAUAAAUAAGAUCAAAAUUGUAGGAACAAUUUAUAUAACGUAAUUAUUAUUUUUUAUUGUAUUAUUGUUUUAUUGCUUGUAACUUUGUUUAUUUACAUUGGUUUCUAGUCUAUUAGUGCUCCCAUCAAAAUGUUAUAUAAAAUAUUAUAUAAUAUUAUUUAUUAUUUAUAAAAUUAUUAUUAUUUUGUUAUAUUAUUUAAUAUUUAUGUUAUGUUUCUGAAAUAAUUAAAUUCUUUAUUUUUAUUUGUUUAGAUUAAAUAUUUUGUCGUUAUGAAUUACAGGUUUUUUAUUAAUGUAAAUCCUUGCAACUUUUUUAUUUUUAGGUGUUUUUAAUUGUAUUUCAUCUGUAUUAACUCAUGUAUCACAUCAAUUCUAAAAUAUAUGUAUUCAAAUAUUAUUAUUAUCUAUGAUAAAAAGAUAUUCAAUUAAUGAAAAUAUUCUUGAUUUUCAUUGGUAAGGUAUAUUAUAUAUUAUCAUUAGUCAUUAUUUUGUAUUUAAAAACAGUUGGUACAAACAAAAAUAUAUAUU